CCUUUGUCAGAAACCCAGCCCCAAGUUACGCUUUUCUUUUAGUUCUGACUGGAUAUUUGGUGCUUGCUGAUACAUGCUCAUACAUUGGAGUCAGUCGUUUUCCGGAAAGUUCUGUAAUUGACUCUCAAUCUGUAAUUGACUCUCGGAUAAAUGGCAAACGCACCAUCUAGUGCAGCUUCACAAGUGAAGCAACUCAUCUGGGACUACUUAAGGACAGCUGCCACUCCAAAGACAGCCUCUGAGAUUGCCUGCGCAUGUUCACUUAAAAAACAGGAAGCCAACAAAGUGCUGUACAAGCUGCAGAAGGAGGGAAAGGUUGAGAAGCAGUGUGACGGUAACAAAUGGGUUGUCCGUGCAGAUGACACAGAGGUGGAAUGUCAUCAGAAAACCGCCGAGUUGAAAAGCGAUGACACUGCCCUAGUCCCAUUGCACCAGCCUGUGAACUCUGUGACUCCUGUGAAAGAUGAUCGCAGACUGUCAGAAAAUCAGGAAAAGAUUUACCAGUUUCUGUUAGAAAAUGGAUCUUGCCGUGCGUUAGCCAUUGCCAAACAUAUGGGAAAGAAGACACAAAAGGAAGUCAAUGCGGAUUUAUACGCGCUGCAGAAAAAACAUGUCCUCAGCCAGGAGGAAGACACGAAGCUUUGGUCGGUUUACGGACAGGGCACAGGUUACAAAGCAACAAAUGCUGGAGCAAAUAAGGAAGCAGCGCCAGUUAUUAUUCAGCAUAAUCCAACAAACAUUAUAUAUCAGGGAGGAGUGCAAAACACCAUCUCUAUAGCUGAUUCCAGAGCUACUCAAAUUGGAAACUACAACUCACUGAAUCUAGUGGAUAAAAAAGAUGAUUCUAGACCAACUGUUCCAAGUCUUAGGGCUGCAUCAGAGAAUGCUGAUAUGUUGCACUGUAAAGUAGAAGCUAAAACAACCACCCAGGGUGGUCAGGAAAUUGAUGUCACUGAGUCCACACUCAAGAAUACUGUCAUUGGUAAUGAUAAUCAAAUGAAUAUCAUUAUGAAGAACUUCACCGACAGUCGAGAGGAGCAUCUGGACCAAUAUGGCACUCCAGAAAAGAAUCCAUUUGGUGACAUUCUUUCUGCCAGCCCUGGACCGUCACUGAAAAUUAACACCUCCUGCCCCGGGGAAAGGAAAGCUCCAUUUCAAACAGUCAGCAUCAACAAGUCUCAGAUAGAGAACGUCAUGAUUGGAAACAACAACCAAAUGAGUGUUCAUGAGCAGUGUGGUUUUGCCUGCCUCGCAGAUGAGAAGACAAAUGAGGAAGACGAUGUUUCAGAUUCCAACUUGAUUUCGGCGCAAAGCAAAUGGACAUCCUGUGAUGAUAACAGCAUGGAUCAGUCAAAUGACAUUUCCAUCCUUUGUGAAAAGCUGCAAGAUGUAAUCAUUGGGAACAACAACUACAUGAAUGUAGAAGAAACUGCAGAUACUGAGAGGGGUGAAGGAGAUGAAGACAUAUAAUAGAUAUGUGGGGAAAGCGAAGAUCUUGCUUAUGAGGCCCUUGCAGAAAUUCACAAAUGUGAGCAGGAAGAGGUAAAGAAACUUGCUAAUUCUAAUUAUUUUUGCCAUGGAGAAGGAAGAUAUUUUCUGUGAUUUACAGACAAUAAAUGGAACAGGACACACUGUUCUCUGCCUACUCAAAAUGCUGAAAAGCAAACAGGAUCCCUAUAUUUUUCUUUAGGGAGUUCUUCUGCAAGAGAAAAAAAAGUACCAGGAAGUGAAUCAAUUUUAUGCUCCCUGUGAACUUUCAGAGCCCUAGCACCAUUGUAAACCUUGAAUCCACCCAGGACCUGGAAAUCUUGUGCUGUGGCAAGUGACAAAUUUCAAAUGCAGCUGCUAUAAAACUCAGUCACUUACAACUAAUUUGCACCAUCAUUCUGCUGGUAGGCUCCAAGGCAAGCUGCUAUCUGGAGGUGAUAGCCCAGCAUGAGCUAUGACUCAAUUUGGUGGAGAGAGCUUUCAAAUUCUGCCUCUUUGGAGAAGGAGAUGAGCUAAUGGGUGAGGUGCAGGGGUGAGAAGGAAGAAUGCAAAGCAUAGUGUUCUUGUCAGUUUAAGAUUCUGAACCUCUUCUGGGACCCAGCCCGAAGUGGGAAUCAAGGUUGUGGAGCCAAAGCUGAGCCACUCCACAGAGACUACUCCAUCCUAGUAGACAAUUGUACUUGGGACAGUGGAUACUGGGAUAUCCUACCUCAGAGCUGGGAAAGGGGAGGCCUGUUCAAACCAGCUAUCCAGACACAUUUAGGGGGUCCUGUGUUUACCACAAGAACAGCUGAGCUAAGCCUGGUUACCAAAAGUUAACAGGUGUCUGUUACUAACAGAGUUCAGUGUUUCCAGCUCUCAUUAAGUAGUCAUAAGUCUUGCAACUAAAACCUCUCCAACGCAUCAUCAAGGAUCUACAACCUAUCCUGAAGGACGACUCAUCACUCUCACAGAUCUUGGGAGACAGGCCAGUCCUUGCUUACAGACAGCCCCCCAACC